AUGAUGGCAAAAUCAUUUUUUUUCAUAUAUUUUACCUUCUUUUUCAGGACAUUCCAAAGAUUAUGGACACAAGUAGGGCAAAAUCUUUCCAAUUACGUCAAUUUCCCAAGACUGGUUGGUGAAUGUGGUGGUAAGAAUUAUCAUCUGAUUCAUCCAUCUGCUGAUGUCACCUCUGUUGUUAAUGGUACCAUCCGUUCUGCCUUCGAAUAUUGUGGUCAGAAGUGCUCUGCUUGCUCUCGUGCGUACAUUCCUCAGUCAUUAUGGCCACAGGUAAAAGAAGGUUUGAUAGCAACACAGAAAGAGCUGAAAGUUGGGGAUGUUAAAGAAUUUGAUUCCUUUACCUCUGCUGUGAUUGAUGAAAAGGCAUUCAAACGAAUUACUGGUUAUAUUGAUCAUGCAAAAUCUUCUCCUAAACUUAGCAUUAUUGCUGGUGGUAAAUAUGACAUGAGUGUUGGGUAUUUUAUUGAGCCAACCAUUGUCGAGACAACAGACCCUCAUGAUUGCAUAAUGACAGAAGAAAUCUUUGGGCCUGUUUUAACUGUCUAUGUAUAUCCGGAUGAGAAGGUGGAUGACAUGAUUACUGUUACAGACACCUCCACACCAUAUGCCCUCACUGGGGCCAUCUUUGCUCAGGAUGAGGCCUGGCUAGCUAAGGCUACAGAUGCAUUAAAAGACUCUGCUGGUAAUUUCUACAUAAACGACAAGUCAACGGGAUCUGUAGUGGCACAACAGCCAUUUGGUGGUGCUCGUAUGUCUGGUAAGUAACUUCUUAAUUAAGGUCUUAAUUAAGGUACGCA